UGCCAGUUCAAAAAAUGGACCAACUACAUUCUCUUCUUUUCAAGAUUCCCCAUGGCGACAGCUUCAGCUGUUCCAAAGAGUUUAUUUCUCCCCAAUUUCCAUUACCCAACAACUCUCUAUCAAAUAAAGCUCAAAACUUUACAAACCCCACUUAGAAUCCUUUCUCAGAAAUCCAAUUUGAGCUCUAAUGGAGUCAAUAUCAAGACAAAUUUCGUCAAAAAUACACAAUCCCAUGAAAGGGGUGUUAAGAGAAUUCACUCUAGUAGAAGACUUAUUGUUAGAUCCAUGGGAUCAGACAGUAGUGUUGCAUCCACAGGGUUACCGAGCAAGGUGUUUGGAGCAUUGCAUUUAUUAGUUUCACUUGGAAUCAUACUGGCUAUGGAUAAAUUGUUAAAGAAAGCAUUUGUGGAAGCUGCUAUUAAGUUCCCAAGUGCUCUAUUUGGAAUGUUUUGCACAUUUGCUGUUCUAACGAUUCUUGACUCCGUUGUUCCUAAGGCUGCAGAAGGAUUGAUGAACUUUUUUGAGCCUGCACUUUUGUUUAUCCAGAGAUGGCUUCCAUUGUUUUAUGUACCUUCUUUGGUUGUUCUCCCUCUUGCCGUCAAGGAUGUUCCUGCAGCUUCUGGGGCUAAGAUUUGUUUUAUACUAGUUGGGGGCUGGUUGGCUUCUCUUUGUGUUGCGGGUUUCACAGCUAUAUCCGUGAGGAAAAUGGUAAAGACCGAGAUGAUACCUGCUGAGCCCAUGGCAAAGCCUUCUCCUUUUACUUCUUUGGAGAUGUGGACUUGGAGUGGGAUCUUUUUGGCAUCAUUUGUUGGUGCACUUUACUAUCCGACAGCGCUGGGAACAAGUGCUAGAACAUGCUUACCCUUUCUACUUUCAUCUACUGUAUUAGGCUACCUAGUUGGAUCAGGGCUUCCAUCGGCUGUAAAGAAGGUUUUCCAUCCAAUCAUCUGUUGUGCAGUCUCUGCAGAUCUUGCAGCCAUUGCUUUUGGAUACCUUUCUAAGUCUGGACUUGAUCCAGUUCUUGGGGAUUAUCUUACAAAGGCCGCAUCUAAUCCUGGAGCUGGGGACAUUCUCAUGGGAUUUUUGGGAUCAGUCAUCAUCUCCUUUGCCUUCUCAAUGUUCAAGCAAAGAAAGCUUGUUAAACGGCACGCUGCUGAGAUUUUCACCUCUGUCAUUAUAUCCACACUAUUUUCACUAUAUUCAACCGCUCUCAUUGGAAGGCUGAUUGGGUUGGAGCCAAAUUUGACUAUAUCGAUCCUACCCCGAUGCAUAACUGUCGCACUAGCUCUCAGCAUUGUUUCUCUAUUUGAAGGUGUGAAUUCAUCCCUAACAGCAGCUGUCGUUGUACUAACUGGUCUGGUGGGAGCAAAUUUUGUUCAGGCAGUGCUGGAUAAACUUGGCUUCAAUGAUCCUAUUGCUCGAGGAAUUGCAACUGCAUCAAGUGCUCAUGGGCUCGGAACAGCAGCUUUAUCAGCUAAGGAACCUGAAGCUCUUCCAUUCUGCGCUAUAGCAUAUGCCCUGACUGGUAUAUUUGGCUCUCUUAUAUGCUCCGUUCCAGCAGUAAGACAGAGCCUACUGGCAAUUGUCGGCUGAGCUGACAGUCUAAACAUUCAUCUUUCUUCAUACCAAUUCGAUCAUUCUAUUGGGAUAAUGCCAGCACAAUCACCCAAGUUAAGGUUCAGAAGGCAACGGGCGACUUGCUGUUUCUUCAGAAUGUUCAGAUUCUAGAUGCAAGGUGUUUAUAAAGUUAAGUUUCCAUUGUUUCUCUAUCACUCUUGGGGAGCAUGAUUAGGAACUUUCCUGUAUCUAGUUUUAGGUUUACUUAGGAUGUGUAUAGAGGUACAUAUCCAUAGUUUUUCGUUGUAAGAUUUUUUCUUGUAAAUUGAAAUGAAUUGCUACUUCUUUUAUGAAAGUAAGCACAGCUGAAUAGCAUGAAACU